CACAUGACUCUGGACAUGGACGCGGUCCUGUCAGACUUUGUUCGGUCCACAGGGGCAGAACCGGGUCUGGCAAGAGACCUGCUGGAAGGUAAAAAUUGGGACCUCAGUGCUGCUCUGAAUGAUUACGAGGAGCUCAGGCAGGUCCACACUGCCAACCUGCCGCAGGUCUUCAACGAGGGCCGCUACUACAAGCAGCCAGAGACACGUGACACGCCCACCCAUGUCACCAAGAUCGACAGGCCAUGUGCACAGAAGCAGGAGGACAAUGCACAGGAGAAGCGUUUGUCCCGCGGGAUCUCCCACGCCAGCUCUGCUAUCGUCUCGCUGGCGCGGCUGCAGGUGGCCAAUGACUGUACAAGCGAGCAGUUCCCUCUUGAGAUGCCCAUCUACACAUUCCAGCUUCCCGAUCUCAGCGUGUACAGCGAGGAUUUCAGGAGCUUCAUAGAGAGAGACCUGAUCGAGCAGUCCACCAUGAUGGCUCUGGAGCAGGCCGGUCGUCUGAACUGGUGGUCCACCAUGUGCACUAGCUGUAAGAAGCUGCUUCCUCUGGCCACCACAGGCGACGGGAACUGCCUUCUGCAUGCUGCCUCUUUAGGGAUGUGGGGCUUCCAUGACAGAGACCUGAUGCUGAGGAAAUCCCUGUACACCAUGAUGAAGAGCGGAGCGGAGAGAGACGCUCUAAAGAGGAGGUGGAGGUGGCAGCAAACCCAACAGAACAAGGAGUCGGGGCUGGUGUAUACAGAGGAGGAGUGGGAGAGAGAGUGGAACGAGCUGCUGAAGUUGGCCUCCAGCGAGCCUCGCACUCACCUCAGCAAAAACGGCAACACCAGUGGAGGGGUGGAUAACUCUGAGGAUCCGGUCUAUGAGAGUCUGGAGGAGUUCCAUGUGUUUGUGCUGGCCCACGUGUUACGAAGGCCAAUUGUAGUGGUGGCUGACACGAUGCUCAGAGACUCAGGAGGAGAAGCGUUUGCUCCCAUCCCGUUUGGAGGGCUCUAUCUGCCUCUGGAGGUUCCCCCGAGCCGCUGUCACUGCUCCCCUCUGGUCCUAGCCUACGAUCAGGCUCACUUCUCCGCUCUGGUGUCCAUGGAGCAGAGAGACCAGCAGCGAGAGCAAGCUGUUAUCCCUCUGACUGACUCGGAGCACAAGCUGCUGGCACUCCAUUUUGCCGUGGACCCUGGCAGGGACUGGGAGUGGGGGAGGGACGACAAUGAUAAUACCAAGCUAGCCAAUCUCAUCUUGUCUCUUGAGGCCAAACUCAACCUGCUGCACAACUACAUGAAUGUAACAUGGAUCCGAAUUCCAUCUGAAACAAGGGCUCCCCUAGCUCAGCCAGAGUCUCCCACAGCCUCUGCAGGUGAGGACGUCCAGUCUCUAGCUGAGUCUAUGGACUCUGACCGCGAGUCUGUCGGCAGCAACUCUAACGUCAACAACGGCAAGCCCAGCAAAGAGAAGGACAAAGACAAGCAGCGCAAGGACAAAGACAAGAGCCGGGCUGAUUCUGUAGCCAACAAACUAGGUAGCUUCAGCAAAACCUUGGGGAUCAAGCUGAAGAAGAACAUGGGAGGUCUGGGAGGCCUUGUGCACGGCAAAAUGAACAAAUCUAACUCUGGCUCAGGUCGUAGUGGGGAGAAUGGAGGGGAAAAGACAAAGAAAAAAGAGUCUAAGACAACCAAAGGGAGCAAGGAGGAGUCGGGCCAGUCAGCCAGCUCCACUUCCUCUGAGAAGACCACUAGUCCAUCUCCUACGGACAGAGACGGAGCCUCCAGCUCCUCCCCCGGGAGACAGGACAGUGCAGCGAGAGACAAGACCCUGGAAAACUGGAAAUACAGCACGGAUGUCAAGCUCAGCCUCAACAUCCUGCGGGCCGCCAUGCAGGGGGAGCGCAAGUUCAUUUUCGCAGGCCUCCUGCUCACCAGCCAUCGACACCAGUUCCACGAGGAGAUGAUCAGCUACUACCUGACCAAUGCCCAGGAGCGCUUCAGCCAGGAGCAGGAGCAGAAGAGGAAGGAGGCCGAGAAGAAGCCGCCUGCCGCUAACGAGGUGGCGGUGAAGAAGCCUGAGAUUGAGAGUGUCUUCCAGAGGGAGAGGUCAGACAGCUCGCCGCCGGAGAGCUGCUCUCCCGUCCUGCCCCACCACGCCCACACCUACAACCACAACUCCCAGCCCCCACUGGGGCUCAAGAUGCAGGGCAGGAACAGUCCCACUCCUGCGGCCCCUCUCAUCUCCAUCCCAGUCCCUCCUCUCACUCCGCCAAUAGCCUCCCACCAUGUCUCCCACCCAGCCCCAGCCCCUGCGCCUUACUCCUCCCCCAGUAUUGGUGCUAAGAGACCUGGGCCCGUUCCCGUGUCUGCCCACUACAGCCAUACACCGCCCAUCCAGCGGCACAGCGUGAUUCACUUACAAGAUGUCAACAUGCAAUCCUCCAUCUUCCAAGAUGACCCCUACAAGCCUGUGGUGGGCACCCUAAAGACAUGCGCCACCUACCCCCAGCAGAACCGCACACUCUCGUCCCAGAGUUACAGCCCUGCUCGCCUGUCGGGGGUCCGCACUGUUAACACCAUAGAGACGCUGUCCUACAACAUGCCUGGCGAACACAAGUCCCACACCUACACCAAUGGAUUCAAUGCGGGAGACAUUCAGGACUGCUUGGAGUUUGCUGAUGAGGACAACUCGUCUCACACCUGGCUCAACCAAGAGAAAACCAAAGGGCGGAGCUCUGGAAGCCCUUUGUACUGCUUUCAGCAGCGCCGCUGCAAGAGGGAGAACUGCUCCUUCUACGGCAGGCCAGAGACAGACAACUACUGCUCCUACUGCUACAGAGAGGAUCUGAAACGCAGGGAGAGGGAGAGCAAAGUGCAGAGGCCUGCAUAGCCAUCACAGCCACUUCAGCCACUAGUCAGCAAGGCCGCAGGAGACGUGAGGGAAGGACACCACCAUCUGCACUCAUUUAGAAUAACAUGAUGGCAAACAUUUUCCUAUUUUGUUGAAGAAUGCUCUUGUAUUCCUGUCACCCCUCCCUUGUUAGUAAAGAUGAUUACUUUAUAAUGGGGGAAGCAGAACUUGAAACAGUGAGCAGCUUUGGCCAGAAAUUGUGCUAUUUUGUUUUGGGUUUGUUUUUUUUGUCUCAUUGAAGUUAGUCUUUUACUUGUUUUAGAGUAAAAGUCAUCUCUCUGUGAUGUAACUUUCUGUUUGUGAGGGAAAGUUCUUUAUUUUUUAAAGUACAAAAAGAUCUGCAUCUCAUAUGGAGGGAACAUUUUAGCUCUUUUAAUCAGUUUGAAUGCAAUACCUCUGCUUGGUUCUUCAAAAAUUUGUAGUUGUUUUGCAAUCAAAAGAAAUUCAAUGGGAGAUUAAUAUUAGACUUUAAAGCAAUAAAUUGGUGAUUUUUGCUACACCCUCUCCCAAUUUUGUCUAUGCACCAAUAAUAUAGUUACUGUAGGUUAACUGUGUCUUGUAAAUUGUAAAGGAUUGUCACGGUGUGCUUUUGUAAACAAAUUUGAACUACAGGAAUUAAAAUGUGUAAGCAUUAUAGAUUGUAAUGUUGGAUUAGGAUGAAAAUGUAAACCUAUCUCAUUUGUUAAGUGUACCUUUGUUCUUGCCACAAUGCAAGGGUUUCCUGUGUCAGAAUUGGACUCAAGAUAAUGUGUAAGAUAUCAUUUCACAUUUGUACCCGAAGUCGACCUCCUUAAAACCACAAGCACUGCCAAACUGGCUUCCUUAAAAAAAGAUUACGAUUCAAAUUUUUUCAAAAUGUUUUCUGUGGCAAACACAGAACAAUGUGCAUAGGAUGAAUUGCUUCUAAAAUAUGCAGUGUUUAUGGUGUGUUUCUCUUGAGUCGCCUGUUAACUACUCUAUUCGGUCAAUGUGUUAGAUGAGAAGAAUUGUGGGUAGUGAGAGCAGGCCGAUGCGUAUUUGUCUGAAGUGUGAUUACGUGUCUCUUCCCCUCUACACAAACAACACAAUGUGCAAUCAUGCUAUUAGCACUAUGUGGUGACCUGCAGUAUAGAUGUGUCACCGGUCCAGUGUGAGAUUGUCUGUUCUUCUUCCAUAUCUAGAGGCCGUUAAAAAGAAGCACCUGCUGCUAAGAGCACCUCAAGCCUUUGUGAUCAUCAGUGCUUUAACCAAUCAGUGGGUUUGUAAAACCCCAGGCCUCCAAGUGCUUUCUGCUCAUUCGACAUGACUACUGUACAGACGCAGUGUUUGUGUUGCUGUUUGUUCUGGUGAUGCUUGGAUAAUGUACCAUGCUGUCCUUAACUAAGUGUGUCCUGGCCAAGGAUGUCCACUGCUCCCUGGGUUUGCUUCUGUCUCUCUCCUGUACACACUGCAGUGUUGCUCCUCUUUGUUUCUAUGUGACAAGUUCAUGGACUCUCACCAUGUUAGGACUGUAAGAUAUGAUUUUGUAUUCCUUUAAGAGUUUUACACUACUUUAAAUUAUUAAUUUGCA